AAAUGUCAGCCGGAGUAAUUUUUCUUUUGAAAAACAAUUUUGAAGCCUUGAAAAAAUUCAUAAAAAUAUGAUAAGUUAUUAAUUGAUAAAAAAGCAGAUUGUUAACUGAUUUUAGAAUAAUAUAUUUGACAACAAAAUUAGCGAUCGAAAUUGGAAGAAACGUUUUGAAAGGACAUCAACCGUUAAACGAAGAACGAGCAAAAACACAAAGCGUAGAGACUACUUAAAGUAUAGAUUUUAAUAGCAGGAGCAAGAAGCAAAGCAUACAAGCAGAUAUUACAAGAUGCCGCCCAAAAAGGCUAAAGGAAAAAAGGGCAAGAAGGCGCCAAUGUUAAUUGAUGGCGUGGACACGUCCACCAUGACGCGGGACCAGCUGGAGCAGUUUGCAUUGAAAUUGAAGGAGGAGAUGGAGCGCGAACGUGAAGAGCGAAACUUCUUUCAAUUGGAACGCGAUAAAAUACGCACAUUCUGGGAGAUCACCAGGGGGCAAUUGGAGGAAACCCGCUAUGAGGUUCGUCACAAGGAUCACGAAGUGGAGAUGGCACAAGAGCUGGCCGAUGUCGACACCAAACACAUUAUGCAGCAGAUGAAACAUCUACAGUAUGAAAACCAAAAUAAAAUUGGUGAAAUACGUGCCGAGGCCAUGACACAGCUGAAGCUGGCACAGGAGGAUCAUGUGGCACAGGAGCAGGAGUUGCUGAAGGAUAAACGCGAUUUACGACGCCUACUGCGCGAGCACGAUGAAACACAUGAAUUACAAGUUCAGCAGCUGAAGAUGAAACAUAACGAUGAGAUGUCCGAAGCGCGCAUACAAUUCCAAAGAGAAGCAAAAGACAUGGAGCUUCUACACGAAGAGAAAAUGAAGGCGCUGAAGAACGAGGUCGAACUGGUGUACCGCAUGCAAAUGUUUGAAGUGGAGGAACGUAAAAACUCACAAAUUCAGCGUCUAAUUGAAAGUCACGACACCGCCUUCAAUGACAUGAAGAACUACUAUAAUGAUAUCACGCUGAACAAUUUGGGACUAAUUAGCAGUUUGAAAGAACAACUCGAAGCGUUGCGUAAGCAGUCCGAACGCAGUGAUCGCACCGCAACCGAAGUGCUUACAGAGAAUCGCAAGCUGAAAGAACCGCUCGAAGCAGCGCAAACCGAACUCGCCGAUUUGCGACGCAAGAUGGAGCAUUUCGAGCGCGAUCGCAAUCAGCUGGCGCGUCUCAAAGCACGCAAUACUUACAUAGAAAAGCAGUUGAAGGCGUUGACGUGGGAGACCGAAACGCUACUCUUGCGCAACGACACACUCAAAAAGGAACGCGAAGAACUUAAGUUGAAAUUCGACGAAGUCGUCAUGGAACUGCAACAGAAGACGGGCCUAAAGAAUGUGCUGCUCGAACGCAAGAUAUCCAUGAUGGAGCGUGAGGGCGAGAAGCGCAACAUAUUACUCAAACAGACACAGUUGAUCUGCGGCGCUUCCGGUGAUGUUACACAAAAUAUGCAAAAGCAAAUAAACACAUCGUUGGAUGAGAAGAAUAAAUUGAUUGACGAACUGCGUUACGAGCUGGUGCGCGUCAUCAAAGCGCACGACGAUCUGCUCGCCACGUACGAAUCCAAGUUGGCGCAGUUCGGCAUACCACAGGACGAGUUAGGUUUCGAGCCGCUGCGCCUGUCGGAGAAACAUCGUUAUUUAUGCGGCCCAGCUGGCCUGGUGACCAAAAAUCAAUGAAAAACUCCUGCCAAUAUGUCAAUGAUGCAGACACGCUUAUCGGUUUGGCAUGUUUCAUAUUUUCGUUUCUUUUGAUUUUUGUUUUGUUCGUGCGUUUUGUACAAGCUUUAAGCUGGCAUUAAUGCACGGAGCUAAUGGACUGAAUGGAGUGGAAUGGUAGUAUUUUGUUAACCUUCGAAACAGACAAGCAAGCAUAUUUUUUUAAAAUAUACAUACCUACACAUA